AUGCCUAAUCGCGUACAUGAGCUGUGGUGGGAGGAGAACAAGACACGAGUGUGGACGGUGGAGGUGGAUAGCGGCAACUACGUAGCGCGGCGACAGGAUAAUGACCAGAUAAACGGGACGAAGCUUCUCAACAUAACGCGCAUCACGCGGGGCAAGCGGGAUGGAAUCCUGAAGAACGAGAAGAGCAGGCAGGUGGUGAAGACGGGCACUAUAUCUCUCAAGGGCGUUUGGAUACCACUGGACCGAGGCCUCGUGCUAGCGCGGCAGUUUGGGAUUGAGCAGCUCGUCUAUCCCCUUUUCGAAGCGAAUGUGGGCGAGUAUGUCGAGAACAGCGUCGUGAGCCAGCACGCUAUCAAGAGGAAGUCACUGAACAGCUUGCAUUUGGUGGAUAACCUCACCACUAACAGCGAGUUGCCUGCGAGCAAAAGACGGUCUACGGUUAGCACGUAUAGGCCUAAUGGGCAUGUGAAUAUGCAGCAAACACAUGUACACCCAGCACACGCACACCCGCACCCACACUCCCUCCCCCACCCGCACUCUAUCCUCAUGAGCGGUAGUGUGAGUGGCAGCGGCAGUGGCGGCGCGAGUACACCGUCGCCUUACGUCGACUCGUUCGGAUAUGCCCCAGCUUAUGAGCAGGGUCAAAACCAAGGUCAAGCACACGCGCACGAAGAAGCACCACAAUACGCUGGCAGAUCACGCAAUACGUCGAGCGCGUCGGAGUGGAUGACCAAUUGGAGCGCGUCGUCAAGUAGCCCAAUCCUCCCAGCCACACCAAUCAACGGCACUUUCUCGCCGGUUAUGAACACGUUCCAGUCACUCGCCAUGCACUCACCCCCCGUGCCUAUACCGAGCUAUUACUACGACAGCAGCUCGUCUUAUUUCCCAAGUUACCACCAGAAACAGCAGCAAGGGGAAAGAAGGGUCGGAAUGAGUGGGGUGAAUAGCAUGGGUGGAGUGGGUGGAGUGAAUAAUAUGAACCACCUCCCAAACACACUGCCACCCACUCUCCCAAAUACACCGACGCAGUCUCACUUGAGUCCGAAUAGUAAUGAGUAUAUGCACAUGGCCCAAUAA